CCUUCACCAAAAUUCAUCUUCCUCCCUCCCCAUCAACAUGUGUUGAUGCAAGACCGUGUUUGUGAGUUUAUUCUCCAGACAACCUGACAAGCAACACAGUUUAGGCAGAUUUCGACGGCAUACGUAGGUGCCCUGCGCUACCCUAGAGCGAAUUUCCCGCAUCAAGCUCAAACGGCCAGCUUAGGACCUUGAUCCCUUUCCAGCAGUCGGCAAAACUAGUUACCUGUUUUCGAGAUUCGCUGCUUCUCGAUCGAGUAUAGUAUCGUGUCCUUCGAUUUCGGAGCCAUGGCGAGGCUUGCAGUAGCAUUAUUGGCUGGUGUUUUUGUGAUCUUCUUCGCACUACAAGUCUCCGCGGAUCCCGCACCCGAUCCUCGUCCUGCGAAGUGCGACUACUCGGUGGGGAAAUGGGUAAAGUCGGCCGAUAAACCGCAGCGGUACUCAGGCGUGGGGUGGGAGUCGAACUACUGCAAAUACAUCCGCAGCGGCUUCAACUGCGAGACGAACAACCGGCCCGACCAGCUGUACCGCCAGCUGCGCUGGCAGCCGGAGAAGUGCGAUCUCGACUAUGUCACCCCGGAGGACUGGGGCUUCCUCAUGAAGGGCAAGAGGAUGCUUAUGGUGGGAGACUCCAUAACGAACAACGCGUACCAGUCGCUGCUCUGUCUCAUCAGUUCCGCCGACAACCGGGGAAAGCCGUUCGACGACGACAGUGCUCCCAAAGGCUUGAAAGGCGUGGACUUUCCGUCGAUCGACUUUUCACUGCACUUCUAUUUCUCGCCCUACCUCACGCAAGCGGAGAGGCGAAAGCCCAUCGUGAACCAGACGGGCACGCCUGGUUACAAGGUCAACAUCACGACGAUCGACCCCGUCGUUCAGUUCCUCGUCCCGUAUUACGACGUGGUGCUGUUUUCGACCGGUGUGUGGUGGUCGCAAAACUUUCCGGGCAGCCCGAAGCAGCCGGAUCAGUAUUACAUCCAGGGCGGCCUUGUGAACAUCACCAACGUCAACGCGCAGUGGUACGCCGUGAAAUCUUGGGCGAAUUUCCUCACGCGAAUUGAAUACCCCGGGAUGCCCUAUUUCCUGAGCUUUUCGCCCAAGCACGGUCCGGUCAACCCAACUGAUCCUGGUGAGGGUUCAUGCGGCGCGACAAGACCCAUGCAGUGGGAAGAGGCGAUGGACGAGUACAGUAACUUGACUGUAGCUGAGGAUUAUUACAAGUCUCAGAAAAACGCUCUGCGGGGUUCGGUGUUCCGUCAUGUGCGUGUAACGAGGAUGAGCGAGACGAGGCCCGAUGCGCAUCUCGGCAUGUGGAAUCAGAUUCAGCCAGAUGUUUCGGCGGCGUUCAGGACACCUGACAAGGGUGACUGUACGCACUGGUGUCUCCCUGGGCUUCCCGAUUCCUGGAUGGAUAUGCUCUACACCCAAAUGCUGCUUGAACCGCUGCUGCUUACACCAAAUUAGACGAAUAUAUUUUGCUUCUGCUGGAAGGAGCUUGCUGACAUACAUUUGCUGUGUGGUGGGUGGUGCCAUGGAGGGUAAUCUCGGGGUUUUUUUUUGUGGUGAUGGGUUACCUAUGUAUACUGAGGUUAUGUCUUAGGAGAGUUACUAAAUACUAGCCUUCGCUGUGCAUACAUAAUCUGGUGGUUUAUUUGUGGUUGCUUUCCCGAAAGUCCGUGG